AUGGCAGAGCUCACCGCGGACUCGGGCGUUCUUCCCGACGUUGAAACCAAGAAGCUGAGUGAGCUGCGAGUUAUAGAUUUGAAGGCCGAGCUGAAGAAGCGGAAUUUGGAUAUCGGCGGGAACAAGAGUGCUCUCAUGGAGCGGCUUAGGAAGGCUAUUGAAGAGGAGGGAGGAAACCCAGAUGAAAUAUGUUCUGAGACGCCAAGCAAAAAGACCCCAAAACGAAGCGGAAGAGUUCGAAAACAAGAGGAGGAAACUGAAGAUAAUGGCUUAGAAGAAGAUUCAGGCGAUAGCCAGGAAAAUGAAGAGACAAGUUUGGAACAAGAAAAUGAGAAAGAGCUCGAGAUAUUGGGGGAAAGUGAUAAAUCUGAACAGCUUAAAGAAGAGGCUCCAGAAGUGGAGGAGUCAGUUGAUCAAGAUAAUAGUUGUAUUGAAUCCGAGAAGACCAAGGAAGAGGAAGACGAAGAUGUGUUUGUCACCAUUGAAUCUGCUGAUAACACAUUAGAUUUAGAUGGUGAAACAAAUAAAGUGUGUGAAGCUGAAGAAACUUUAGGUUCAGAUGAUAGCGAGUCUUUAGAACAAAGUAUGAUAAAGGACACGGACUCUGAAGUAGCCAUAGAUAGCACAGGUGGCCAGAGUAGCCAAGUAGAACCCAAUCUUGAUGAGAACAUGGAAGAUGAGAUGAAGGCACAGCCUGAGGAAGAAGCUAAAGAUGGUGAACAAGCACUGAAGAGUGAAAACACAGAAUCCGCAUCUACUAAAGUAUCCUCUGCAAAAGAGGACGAUCAGAGAAUGAGUUUGACUGAAGAGGAAGCUGACAGGAACCUAAAAACCGAUGAAAAGGGGCAAAUUGGGGCAAACAGCUCUGGCAGGAAUCUUUGGGUUAGUGGCCUUUCAUCUACCACAAGAGCAACAGACUUAAAGAAUCUCUUCAGCAAAUAUGGGAAGGUUGUUGGUGCCAAGGUGGUAACUAAUGCUCGCAGCCCUGGUGCUCGUUGCUAUGGAUUUGUAACCAUGUCGUCUUCAGAGGAUGCAACAAAAUGUAUUAAUCAUCUACACAGAACAGAGCUUCAUGGAAGGAUGAUUUCAGUGGAAAAAGCAAAAAAUGAGCCUGCUGGUAAGAAACCUUCAGAAAAAAAAGAUGAGCCAAAAAAAAGAAAAGUCAUCAAGCAGUGACCAGCGACAUUCAACAGACAAGCAUGAAAAGUCUUCCCCAAGCUUAAAAGAUGAGACCUCUGAUAAAGGUGAUAAUAAAACAUCUGAUAAGGAAAAAAACAAGGAAGACCACAGGAGUGAUAGAUCUAGAACUAGCAAGUCAGGAAGUAGAGGAACUGAAAGGACAGUUGUUAUGGAUAAGUCAAAGGGGGAGCCUGUAAUCAGCGUGAAAACAUCGUCUGACUCAAAGGAAAGGAGUUCCAAAAGUCAAGACCGAAAGUCUGGAAGUAAAGAAAAGAGAGAAAUACUAUCCUUUGAAAAAAUUAAAGAGCAGAGAGAGCGGGAGCGUCAGAGGCAAAGAGAGAGAGAGAUCAGAGAAAUGGAGAGACAGAGGGAAAGAGAUAGAAGAGUACGAGAGAGACUCUUCAUGAUGCGUGAAAGAGAAGAGCGAGAGAGAUUACGGAGAGAACGUGUUCGACUUCAGUUUGAAAGAGAGAGACUUGACAGGGAGCGAAUGGAGCGAGAAAGAUUGGAAAGGGAGAGAAUGCGAAUAGAGGAAGAGAGGCUGAUUGAACAAGAGCGUAUCCAAAGAGAGAGAGAAGAAUUGCGACGACAGCAAGAGCGUUUGCGUUAUGAGCAGGAUCGCCGAGGGAUGAGAAGGCCUUAUGAUGUGGAUGGGAGGAGAGAUGAGUCAUACUGGCCAGAUUCAAAACGUAUGGCUUUGGACGAUCGAUAUCGAGAUUUUGGAAGACCAGACAGAUUUCAUGAUUUUGAGAAUAGAGAUCGUGGUCGAUUUAUGGAUCAUAUGCACAUGGACAGGAGAGAUGAUUCAAGGUCUGGCAUGGGAGGCAGAGAUAUGAAUUACUCAGAUCGUCAUGGGAGAGAGCGUGAUGCGUGGGGAGAUUAUGAUAGACGUGUAGACGAUGGAAGAGCUGUGCCACCGCCAGGAAGGGAUGGACGCGAUUGGGGAGAUCAUAGUCGCAAGAUGGAGUCUGAUCGAUCAAGACCAGGUGAUCGUGGUAUGCCAAGUUCCUCAGGACAGAUGAAUAGAGGAGGAGCGCAUGGGUUUCUUCCAAAUGAAAAUUCCCAAAAUGUGUCGGCAAUGGGGCCUCAAGGUGGAAACUUUGGAGGACAGAACAGACCCAAUGAACCACGGUUUCCACAGCGUUACUAA